AUGUCCCAUGAUGUGUUAUUUGAGAUAUUCUCUUGUUUACCAGCAAAAGCUGUUUACAGGUUCAAGUCAGUUGGCAAGUUUUCCUCAAAGUUUUCAGACGAAACAUUAUUUGCAUCGAAGCAGGCUCAUAAUGCAUUGUUAAAGGAUGACACAUGCUUCUUCAUUCAAUCAGAUAUUGCAACACAAUCUUUGUCCCCUUUUCCUGUCCCAGAGGAUUUGCAGGUGAGUGUUGAGGCUGAUCUCAAAAUCAUUUUUGAAUGCGACUCAGAUGAUUGCACGCUGUUUCUUUUUUUUAAGAACCCAAAAGAUAGUUGGUCUUCAAAUUUGUAUUGCAAUGUUUACCUUCAUAAGGAAGGUGUAUGGAAAGCAAGGGAAGAAAGUUUCACCACUGGUCCCAGGAACUUGAGAUUUGACAUUCUUGUCAUUCAUAAUUGUUUCAUCCACUUCAUCUCAGACUGUUCUCCUUACGUUAACAGAAACAAUCAAUAUUUUUGGCCAUAUAUCAUUUCCUAUAAUCUUGAGAGUGGAGCAUCAAGAAUACUCCAUGUGCCUAAAAAAGCAAGAAGGGGUUUCGAUGAUGUCAUCUGUAACAUGGGGAUUUUUAAAUGGGGUAAAGUCACUAGUUCAACUAAAUCCAUUUGUUUGGUGAGGUUAAGAAAGUGUGUAUUUACCAUAUUGGCUUUGAGCGACUAUGAAUCAAGUUCUUGGAGAAUGAUUUUGAAAGUAAGAGUGAAAGCAAUGGGAUUGAUGGAGCAAGAUCCUAUUGUCAUAGGUUUUACUGUCUUGAAUGGUGAUCUUUUGGUCUUUGCUACAACGAAGAAGGUCUACGGCUAUGGUUUGAGUAAUGAAAAUUGUAUGAUACUUGAGGAAAUAUGUGAACAUGGAUGUGAAACCCGAGUCUGCUUCACUUCUUAUUCGAACACGCUGCGCACGUGUGGUAUUGAUGCCACAGCUUUGCCUCCAAAGAAAAAAAAUGCUACAACCAAGUCCAACUUGGAAGUAGGAUACAAUUUUGCCUUUGAUUUAGUAUUAGUUGUCCAGAUGUAA